AUGUGGGCUCCUUCAUCUGUUGCGACUGCAUUCCUGUUGGCAUGGAAGGCACUCGUGCAUCAAAGGGAAACGCAUGUCCCUGCAACACUGUUGCCAUCAGUGAAAAUUCCCUCAUCCUCACAGUCUGUUCAUCUCCCUGAUACCGCGCGUCCAACGCACUAUGACUUAUCGAUCAUGUCCGAUCUACAGGACUUGGAAUUUGCCGGGGGCGUGAAUAUUACACUCGACAUCCUGAAAAGCACUUCUAUUCUCGAAUUUCAUGCUGGUAGAAAUUUGCAACUUGGACGCGUACGGGUUCAGACUCAGGAUGGUGACAUGUACACUGUGACCCCUACGAUCCAUCAUGAUCGUGAACGUGCAAUGGUCAAGCUGCCCAAAAAGUUAGGUGAAAAUGAGCGUGUCUUCCUAUCAACUGGUUUUCGUGCUGCGAUUGAUCGAAGCUUGCGUGGUUUCUAUUAUUCGACAUGGGCGCAUGAAGGCCAGAUGGGCAGGUAUGCAUUGACGCAAUUUGAGCCCACGUCGGCUAGACGCGCUUAUCCAGGAUGGGAUGAACCCGCCUACAAAGCAAACUUCACGUUUCGUAUGUUGCAUCGCGUCAACACCACCGCUCUGGCAAACAUGCCGAGUGCAUACGAACGAUCCGUGGAUAAAGAAGAAGUCCGUCAACUUUUGCAAACAAGAUCGUCUGGACUUUCAUUACACCAAUACAACCUGGACGAAUGGCUUCUAACGGAAUUUGAGACGACGCCAAAAAUGGCUACGUACCUCGUAGCAUGGGCCAAUGGAGCUUUUCUGCACGUCUCCAACACGACCAUAUCCCCGUUGACGGGACGAGUCAUCCCGCUCCGCAUGUACACAACACCAGACUUGAUACAUCAGGCUGCAUUUUCGACUGAAGCCAUGGCCAAAAUACUGCCUGAAUAUGAGAAGGUUUUCGACAUCGCGUACCCGCUCCCCAAACUCGAUGCGCUUGUCGCCGCGGACUUCGACUUCGGUGCUAUGGAGAACUGGGGCCUCAUCACAGGUCGGAGCUCUAUAUUCAUGCAUGACGAAUCUAUGGGCCUGCGUGGAAUGAAAAACACCGCUGGCGUCAUGAGCCACGAAAUUGCACACAUGUGGUUUGGCGAUAUAGCAACAAUCGCAUGGUGGGAAAGCCUGUGGCUAAAUGAGGCGUUCGCGACACUCAUGGGCGAGGUCAUUGUCCUUGACCGCGUAUUUCCCGCGUGGAAAAGUGCGAGCGAGUUUGUUGUCAUGCACUGGAUGCGUGCACUGCAACUGGACGCGAAGCGCUCCUCGCAUCAGAUUGAGAUCCCACUCCAGAGUGAGCGGGUCGAAGAUGAAAUAACACAGGUUUUUGAUGAUAUUUCAUACUCCAAGGGCGCCAGUGUCUUGCGAAUGCUAUCCCAUAUGCUAGGCAAAGACGUCUUUCUCCGCGGGGUAAGCUUGUACUUGAAAAAACACCUAUACGGCAGUACUGUCACGGCGGACUUAUGGGACGGCAUCAGCCAGGCAGCCGGUAUCGAUGUGAACACGAUCAUGUCAAACUGGAUCCUACAACAAGGUUUCCCUGUCAUUAGUGCAACAGAGAAAGGAGAUUCGAUUUACGUCGAACAGCAUCGUUUUCUUCAAACAGGAGAUCCGACACCUGAAGAAGAUUCCACGCUGUGGCAUGUGCCCCUUGGUCUCAAAACAAAGAAAUACGUGGAUUCAAAGUCCAUGCUGCGUGGUCAGCGAUCGAUGCACAUUCCUUUCGAGCGCGCUAAUUCCUCAUUCUGGAAACUAAAUGCUGACACGACUGGCGUAUACCGAGUCGUUUACACACCUGAACAUCUGGCUAGGCUAGGGGAGGUUGCGUCAUUAGGUCCCUCAAGCCCUCUCUCUGUGGAAGAUCGUGUCGGUCUGAUUGAUGAUGCGUAUUCACUCGCACACGCAGGAUAUUCUAGAACGUCCUCAGCACUGACGCUGACUCACGCGCUGCAUGGCGAGACGAGCUCGCUAGUUCUGCAGGCGCUCGCUUUGAAGCUGGAGCAGUUAUCAAGUGCAUGGUGGGAACAGGCUGCUUCUGUUCGCGUAGGACUGAACCAGUUUCGUGCAGACCUGUUCGGUCCAUUAGCCCGAAAGUUGUCGUUCAAUGUUCGUGAUGACGAUUCGACAGAGACACGUGAAUUGCGCACGACCGUGAUUAGUGCGGCAGCUGCAGCUGGGGAUGCAUGGACACUCGGUGAGAUUCAUCGCCGUUUCACCCAUUGGCAAGAUACUGGCGAUGAUUCGCUCAUUCAUCCCGAUGUGCUUCGAACCGUGCUCAGUGAGGCAGUCAAGCAUGGCGAUGCGCAGGCCUAUAAGACGGUGCUUCAGUUGUAUCAUGCACCGCCGACACCCUUACAUCGAACAUGUGCGUUGAUGGCUCUGGGUUCUGUACAACGCCCAGACCUGAUUGCACGUACGCUAUCCUUGGUCUUUGAUGGUGACAUUAAGACUCAGGACUACACGUACAUUUUCAACGCGCUCUCGAGCAACACCUUCAGCCGACGAGCGCUUUGGAAUGAGACGAAGAAGCACUUUGACGAGCUCUCAAAGAGACUUGAAGGCAAUUUCUCGCUUAUGGGUGUGGUAAAAGCCGCUAUCAGUGCUUUGUCUAGCGAGGAAGACCUUGCUGAUAUUCAGCGGUUCUUUGCUCACCGAUCUACCACUAUGUACCACAUGAGUCUCGCGCAAGGACUUGAGUCUGUUUUGUCACAAGCUCGAUGGAUCCAACGCGAUGCAGAGGAUGUGCAGCAAUGGCUUUUCCAGCACCAUUACCUCCCAACCUUAAUGUCAGUGGUGUAG